AUGGUUUGUGGCGGGUUCACCAACACACGGCCCGCUACGCCUGAGAUCCAGGCCAUCGCCGACCAGGUGAAGCCCCAGCUGGAAGAGAAGGAAAAGAAGAAGUUCUCUAUUUUUAAGGCUGUGGAAUUCAGGAGCCAAGUGGUCGCGGGCACAAACUACCUCAUCAAGGUUCAAGUUGGUGAUGACGACUACGUACACAUUCAAGUGUUUGCAAGUCUCCCACAUGCAAAUAGGCCCCUGGACUUGACCAGCUAUCAGACCAACAAAACCAGGAAUGACAAGCUGAAGAGUUUCUAGCUCCCGAUUUUGAACAGGGCUCGUCGUCCACGUGGUUUUCUGUCCUCUGAGGGCGUAUGUCAGGGAUGAUAAAUGAAUGUCAUCUCUAUGCUGUGCCACUCGGGGAGG